AUGGCUAUCUCCAAGAAUUUACCAAUUUUGAAGAACCACUUCAGAAAGCACUGGCAAGAACGUGUCAGAGUUCACUUUGACCAAGCAGGUAAGAAGGUCGCCAGACGUACUGCCAGAGCUGUCAAGGCCGCCAAGGUUGCCCCAAAGCCAUUGGACUUAUUGAGACCAGUUGUCAGAGCUCCAACCAUCAAGUACAACAGGAAGGUUAGAGCUGGUAGAGGUUUCACCUUGGCUGAAGUUAAGGCUGCUGGUUUGACCGCUGCUUAUGCCAGAACCAUUGGUAUUGCCGUGGACCACAGACGUCAAAACAGAAACCAAGAAAUCUUUGAUUUGAAUGUUCAGAGAUUGAAGGAGUAUCAAUCCAAGAUCAUCAUUUUCCCAAGAAAGGGUGCUGCUCCAGCUACUGAGCAGGUUUUGUCCACUGCCGCCUCUUUCCCAAUUGAACAACCAGUUACCGACGUUGAGACCAGGGCUGUUGAAGAUAACGGUGAGUCUGCUUACAGAGCUCUAAGAAUGGCCAGAUCCGACAAGAAGUACAAUGGUAUCAGAGAAAAGAGAGCCAAGGAAAAGGCUGAAGCUGAAGCUGAACAGAAGAAAUAA